AUGACUCGUUCUUCGUCACUAAGCCAUGAAGAGGAAUGUUCAGCCUUGUUUCAGUUUAAGCAAAGCAUAAUUCAUCAAGGUGAUGUGGCGUGUGUUGCUAGUUGGUUUGAAACGUUUAACUCUUGGAAAACCACAAGCAAUGCACCAGAUGCUCGUUUUGAUUGUUGUUUGUGGCAUGGGGUGGAGUGCAGCAACAACCAUGUUUAUGGCCAUGUAGUCAGCCUUGACUUGAGUGAAAGCUUUCUUUGUGGGCAUAUCAACUCUACCAACACCCUCUUCAGCCUAGUUCAUCUUCAAAGCCUCAACCUUGCCAUGAACUACUUUGAUGAAUCUCAAAUCCCAUAUGAGAUUGCUCGUCUAAAGCAGUUAAAAAGCCUCAAUCUCUCUCAUUCUGGGUUUAGUGGCCAAAUCCUAAAUGAGAUGACACACUUGACACAAUUGUCUUCUUUAGAUCUAUCGGGGAAUCCACUAAAGCUUCACAAUCCUAGCCUCAAGAACCUAAUACAAAACUUAACAGAACUCGAAGAACUCCAUCUCUCAGGGGUUGACAUUAGUUCUUCUGUACCUCAUUUCUUCUCCAACUUUUCUUCUUUGAGGUCAAUAAGGUUAUCCAAUUGUUCGCUUUCGAAUGAAUUCCCUGCCACUAUACUUCAACUACCAAAGUUGAAAUUUUUUGAUGUGGCAUACAAUACCAACCUCACUGGUUCCUUUCCUGAAUUCCAUAACAACAGUUUACUUGAAUAUAUAAAUCUAAGGGAAACAGGUUUCUUUGGGAUUGUACCGGAAUCCAUAAGCAAUCUACACCAUUUAACCUACUUGCGCCUUACUAAAUGCUCUUUCUCAGGGGGGAUUCCAAGUAGCAAAUUCAAGAAGGGACAUUUGCCCAAUUGGCUUAACAAGAUGACUAAACUUAGUAGUCUGUAUGUAUACAAUACAGACCUAACCAGUGAAAUCACACCCCAUCUUGCAAACCUAACAAAACUUAGUGUUCUUGCAAUGGGAAAAAAUUCUCUUACUGGUCAUAUUCCAUCCUGGCUUUUCAACCUCACCCAACUAACAACGUUAGACCUUCAACAAAAUCAAUUGCAAGGACCAAUUUUAAGCUCGUUUUCCAACUUGAAAACUCUUCAAUAUCUUCAUCUAGGUUCGAAUAGUUUAAGUGGGAAUGUAGACUUAGACAUGUUCUUACGACUCAACAAACUCGAGACUCUCGGGCUAGGUUACAAUAGGAUAUCAUUAACGUCCACCAACAACUACACCAAUACCACCUUACCAGAACUUAAACUUCUAUCACUGUCGACAUGUAACUUGAAGGAAUUCCCUGCCUUUUUGCAACACCAAAAUACGUUGGAAGUCUUAUUUCUCGACAACAACAAAAUUGAUGGCAUGGUACUCGUGUGGAUCUGGAACAACAACAAAGAAUCAUUACAAGUGAUUGACCUUUCCAAAAACUCCAUCACUGGCUUUCAUCAGCAUCCUCAAAUUCUCCCAUGGAGACGUUUACAAGGAUUUUCCAUCAAGAAUAAUCAGAUCCGAGGGCAGCUAUCAAUUCCACCACAAACCACAGUUGUUUAUUCAGCCUCAAAUAACAAUAUAACUGGAGAAAUACCACCGUCGAUAUGUGAAGUGAAAUCUCUCAAAGUCUUGGAUUUGUCUUCUAAUAACAUGAGUGGCACUCUUCCUCCAUGUUUUGGUGCCUUAAGCAAUUCAUUGUUGAGUUUAGAUCUAAGGCAAAAUAACUUUCGUGGAAUGAUGAUGGAUUUGUUUAUGCAUGGCAGCCAGCUAAAAAAUAUUGAUUUGAGCGAAAAUCGAUUUAUGGAUCAGCUUCCAAGAUCAUUGACAAAUUGUACUAAUUUAGAAGUUCUCUCUCUUGGAGAUAACACUUUUGAUGAUGUCUUUCCUUUUUGGCUGGGAACUCUUGCCAAGCUACAAGUUCUCAUUUUACGAUCCAACAAAUUUUAUGGUUCGAUUCAAGGUCCAACGACUGUUUGCUCACAAUUCCCUAAGUUGCGGAUCAUAGACCUCUCUCACAAUGGUUUUCGUGGCCAAUUGCUUGGAAAUUACUUCCAAAAUUGCAAUGCCAUGACAUCGGUUUAUGAUGGUGAAUCAUCUGUUAUGAAAUCAGAUAUGUCCUUCAAAUACUUCAAUUCAAGUAUGCCAUACACGAUGACAAUGAUACACAAAGGUGUCAAAACGGAAUACAAAAAGAUUUUAACCAUAUAUACGACUAUUGAUCUCUCUUGUAACCAUUUUGAAGGAGAAAUCCCGCUAUCACUCAAAGAUCUCAUAGGGCGUGAAGCACUCAAUCUUUCCAACAACCAUUUUACGGGACGUGUCUUGGCAUCCUUUGGUUACCUAAAGAAUCUUGAAUCUUUGGAUCUCUCUAGAAAUGAGCUAUCUGGAGAAAUUCCUCAACUGUUGGCGCAACUCAAUUUCCUUUCUAUUUUCAACGUGUCAUUCAACCAUCUUGAUGGGCACAUUCCUCAAGGGCAACAAUUUGAUACAUUUGAGAACAACUCCUAUGAGGGGAAUCCUGGGUUAUGUGGGAAACCUUUAUUGAAGGAAUGUCAGGGUUUAAAGUUGCCAAGACUUCCACCAACAAGCAAUGCAUCUGAGUCUCUCCUCCCGAGCGAAAGAAUUGAUUGGAUCAUUAUUUUCUGUGGAAUUGGAAGUGGGUUGGUUGUUGGGGUUGUUAUUGGGAACUUUUUGUAUACAAGGUAUAGUGAUUUGUUCACAAAGAGGAAGGACAAAUGGGUAAGGCCACUUCGUAACACAAGGAGAAACCAAGAGGUAUUGUAA